AUGGUCUUCACAUUGUGCAACUACCCUGCCCUUCUAACAGUGGGUGUACUCCGACUUGAAGAAUCACCAGACUCUCCCAUAGAGGACUACCCAUUGGAUGUUCAAUGGGAACACAUGGUAUUUAUGGCACUCAUUGAUUCUUAUCCUGGUCUCUUGGAUCAUCUGACAAAUGGAGAGGAAGAAGAUCUUAUUCAUGUAGGAGAAUUGCUGGGUAAAGGGGCCUCUGGUGCACGAGGCAACAAUACUAAAACCCUGAAAUCUGCUGUCCUUGAAUGGCUUGUUCCCAGAGGACAAGCAGAAAGUCUCAAGACUGGUGAAACUGCAGUUCAUGGUGACCAAUGGCCUAUGUUCUUAUAUGCAGGCUGUGUUUAUGAUCCCGAAGAUCCAUGGAAGGGUUUGUUGAGGAGCAAGAUUCUCAUUUGUGGUUUCAAACAUGUCUUCACAUCUCCAAGCUUGGUUGAUAAGGAGCCCAAGGCAAUGCGCUCCAGCAACACAUACCUCCACAGUAUGAAGUCCAUAACUAAAGGAUCUUUAGCCUAUAUUGCCAUGCAGGUUCAGUUUUUGUUGAGUUCGUCAUCUGUAUUCUCACAUACUGACACUGUGAUGAAUUCCGAAAAUUUCUAUCACAGCAUUCUUGAUCUCUUAGAAGAUUCUGAAGAGAGUGAGGAAGUAGGUGACCUGAUGAUGUGGUGGACUCAUCAUGUUUUUCCUAAUUCUUUGUCAUCACAAUGCAGUGUCAGCAAAAACAGCGCACUCUUGAAGAUUCAAGAGAAAUGCGCUGCCCUUUGA